CGGCGCGGCUAGCUCCUUCCCGCGCGCUGCUUGCCGUCGCCUUCACGGGUCACGGCUUGCUCCGACAGGCGACAGCCCAGCCCCGCGCCUCCCCCGUCCCCGCGUCCCGCCGGCAGGCCGAGGCGCUUGCCUGGGACAACAAACUGAAGGAUUCAGACUACUCGAGGAGAGUUCGGAUUUCGUACUGGAUUCAGGCUCGGCUUGUGUUCCGGCAUACUCCAAUCAGGUACGCCCCUUCGCUUCCAUCAACAAAAGGAAAGUCGAGGAGGGCUCGAAUCCAACCCAAGCCAGUUCGAGCAGCGAGGAGAGGAGAGGAGAGGAGGCCGCCCAAAUCAAGGAGCUGUGACGGGCGACAGGCUUGUCGGACACGAUCUGACGCCGUCAAUGGCGGGGAGCGGAGGCAAUCCAGGGCCUUCGGUGGGCGAAUUAGCAACGGAAGAGUCCGGAGAUCAGGGGCCGGUUCCUAACAAGAGGAUGAAGAUCGAGGCGGCGGCGGCGGAGUUGGUGGGCUGGAAAAAGAGGGGGAUUGAUUCGCCCUAGAGGAGAGCUGAAGCCGGGCCCGGCGACCGGUGUCGGUUGGCCAGCGGGGUGUGCCGUCGUUCAUGGCGGCGGAGAAGGGCAGUCCGGGGCCGCUGGCCGACGCAUUAGAAACGAAUGCGUCGGUUGAUCCGGGGCUGGUUCCUACUAAGAGGAUGAAGAUUGAGGCUGCGGCGGCGGAGUUGGUGGGUGGGAGCAACACUGGCACAGAGGAGGUGGCGCAGCAGAGGAUGACGCCGGCUGCAGCAGUAGGAGAUAGUUCGAGUGCCUCACCUGCUGUUCCGGUCAACACCCCGCCGCGUCUACGCUUCCCGCCAUUCCCAAAGACAGGCAAGGGGAAGGAUGUGCGGAACUGGAGCAGGGAGUGCAAGAGGAUCCGCGAGAUUGCUGCAAAAGAUCCUCGUCUGAAACUUCCUACGCGAAGGAAGCCCAAGGAUCCAGGUACCACAGAUGCCGUUCUGAGCUCAAGAGAAAAGGUUGUGGUUCGGGGUGUGGCACGCUCCAUCGUCAAUAUUUCCUCCAGCACACACGCUAUCUGUUGGCUUGCCGAAUAAAACCAUCUUGGACGGACAAUUUAUAUUCUUCGAUGAUCAUUAUGAUAUUGCUCUACUAGAGAUCGAUGUAGACCUCCCGUUGCAGCGCCCUUCUAUUGGAUCUGGGCCAGAAUAUGGUCAGGAGGUUUUUAUCUUGGCUAGGGACAGUGGAUUGUCCUUGAGGGCUAGGCAUGGGGAAAUAUUAUGGUUGGAGGAAUCAGAUUAUAUGGACCGCAGUUACCAGAUGUUUGUCAGCUGUGAAGUCCCUGUGUCUGGCAAUGGAGGACAGGUGAUUGAUCAUGAUGGCAAUGUCACAGGGAUGGCAUUUUAUAGUAGACCAAAUGCUGCUGUUCUUUCCAUCUCUACGAUCAUGACAUGCAUUGAGAUGUGGUUGAAGUUCAGGUUUGUUAACUUACCUACAUUCAUUGAAGUGUAGAUUAAUUUUACGUUUAUUAGUCCAUCUUCUGUUUGUUGG